AACCUCUCUCUCUCUCUCUCUGUUAGACAUACAAAAAUACAUAGGGGUAGCCUUUAAGUGUUCUUCUUUGGUCUCAAAAUGCAAGUGUCAUUGAGCAUCACACCUUCUAACUUCCCUUCUCUCUCCCCAUUCCACCAAACCACCACACACCCACCUUCCAAACUCCUCUCAACCCAUCAAAAACCAACACACAACCACUCACUCCACACCCAUUUUAGCCCUCUACAUGCCGCAAAAGGAUCUGGGUUUUUAUCUGCAAUUGGUCGAGCAAUUGAAGAAGAAGAGUACAGAAAAGCCCGGGCUGAGGUUAAUCGCAAAGCGGUCGAUUUAGAAGGGUAUUCAAUUGAGGGGCUUUCGAUUGGUGGGCAUGAAACCUGUAUCAUUGUUCCUGAAUUGAAGUGCGCGUUUGAUAUUGGGAGGUGUCCCUCAAGGGCUGUUCAUCAAAACUUUUUGUUUAUUACUCAUGCUCAUCUUGAUCACAUUGGUGGGCUGCCAAUGUAUGUGGCAACUCGGGCUUUGUACAGCUUAAAACCUCCAACGGUUUUUGUGCCUUCUUGUAUUAAAGAGGAUGUGGAGAAAUUAUUUGAUAUUCAUAGGGCCUUGAGUGAGGUGGAACUGAACCUUGAUUUGGUUGCAUUGGAUGUAGGGGACACAUACGAAAUGCGGAAUGACCUUGUCGUGCAGCCAUUCAGAACCCACCAUGUUAUAGCCAGCCAGGGUUAUGUCAUUUACUCUGUCAGAAAGAAGCUGAAAAAGCAAUACAUACAUCUGAAUGGAAAACAGAUUGAGAAAUUAAAGAAGUCUGGCAUUGAGAUCACAGAUACCAUAUUGUGUCCUGAGGUGGCCUUCACAGGAGAUACAAUGUCAGAUUUUUUCGUUGAUCCACGCAGCGCUGAUGCCUUGAGGGCCAAAAUUCUUAUAACUGAGGUAAAGUGUCAUGUUCUUGCAUUCAUGCUGAUUUUCUUGCUAACAUUCUUUUUCUACGCUUCGUGAGCUCAAGUUGCGUUUUCUGACAGAAUGUGUCUGGAUACCUCCUCUAAUCUGUUGAUAUGGCUCGGAAAAUUAUGGGCAAAUUGCAUGUGUGCAAGUUUUAUUGGUCUAUAUCUAUGGAGUCAUUGAUUGGUACAGUGGCACGAUGCUGGUGUUGUCUGAGUAAGAUUUUCCGAGUUUGAGAGUAACCACUUUUGAGCAAAAGUAUUCAGAAGGUCCCGUAUCUUCUCUAUCCCUGCCAGCAUCCUAUGUUGGGAGAACCAGAAUUAAAUAUUAGCAUUUCUAUACUUUAAGUUUAAGAGGAACAUGAGCUGUGCACGACACUUAUGAUAUGUAAUCAGAGCACAUAGUUCAUAUUUAGGAGUUAGCAGGAGGAGGAUUUAGUAUAGUAUCCCGUGUUAUUUCCAAUGACUAGUUUUUGCACUUCUGAUUUUAACAUGCUUAUAUUAGAGAAGUUUCCUGUAACUGGCACAUUAGACAUUCCCCUGUCCAUGUGUAAUGUGAGGUCGCUUACACAUCUUUUUGGAGUGCCCAUGUUAGGUGGACUAUUGCUAGUGGAACUUUAUGGGAUAUAAAUAUUUAUUUGGAGAUCAUAGUGUCCCAACAUCCCUUAGCAGCUUGCCUGAUUUGGUGAUUGUUUCAAAACUCUGGCUUUGAGGAAUUAUUGUAUUGUAAAACUCAAACCCUUGCAAAUCUAAACCACCACCCCUAAAAACCCUGGGUGGACUGCAGCCAUGGUUCAAAGUCACAGUAUCGAUCAUCGACUCGGAGGCUCUGAGACACAUUGGUCGUGGUGCGGUAUUGAGCGAUAUGACCUAAAAGAAAAUGUUAAACAUGAUGAAAAAUUCAGAUCAUAUCAUGAUGUCGUGGAACCGUAUCGACUGAUUUGGUGACGAUAACUCGGCGACAAGGUCGAGUCAUGCAUGACUCGGGGUUUAUAUGUAUCAUGUAAUGGCAUCGUCGCAU